GGGUAAUAUUUGAAAUUACAAAUUAUUUUUCUAAAUAUUUCAAUAAAAAAAUUAAUAAAAGAAAAAAAUCUACUACGUUGCGAACCCACAGCUUAGGAAAAACGCUAAGGUCACCCAAAAACGGCGCGCGUGAGACGUAAGCAACUCCCGAAAUCGGCAACCGCCUCCGCCGCGGCCGAUCGAUUCCUCCCUCUCGUAUAAACACACGAGCCUCCCCGCCGUCGCCGGCGCCCCCCCCCCCCCCCCUUCCCGCCGCCCCCACGACGCAGCCAUGUCGGGCUGGUCGGGGAUCCACGACGACAUGCUCCUCCUCGUCGUCGGGCGCCUCCCGGCACUCGACCUCCUCCGCUUCCGCGCCGUCUGCGCCUCAUGGCGCGCCGCCGCCGCCAUCUUCGUCGACGGCCGCGGCCGCCCGCGCCCCGACCGCCCCUGGCUCCUGCUCCCCGCCGACGCACCCGAUCCGGAUGAUGGCUGCCGCUUCGUCGUCUCCCGCGACCGGGAGGUCCCCGUCGUCGCCCUCCCCGCGCGCCUCGGCCGCGAUGGGGGACGAGGGUUCGUGCCCCUCGGCUCCUCCCGUGGCGUGAUCGUGGCCGCCGAUGACCGCGGCGAGAUGCACCUGCUCGACCCCGUCACCGGUAAGCGCAGGGCGCUUCCCCCCGUCAUCUCGCUCCCGCUCGUCGACGGCGUCGAAGGGGGCCCAGCGGGGCUGAACGUCCGCCAUGGCGGCGGCACCGUCUCCCGCAUCGACGGCCUGAUCCACAAGGCCGUGCCGGUGCCCGCACCGGACGGGGGGCUCCUCGUGGUCGUGAUCUACCGGCAGGUCCACCACCGCAACCAGUGGGCGACGGCGCGCCCCGGCGACCGCGCGUGGAAGUCCGUGAAGCCGACGAGCAUCCCCGCCGUGGUCGACGUGGCCGUCCACCGCGGGCAGCUCUACGCCAACACGCGGUACGGGAUGGUGUACGCGUUCCCGGAGCUGCGCGGGCUGGGCUCCGCCUCGCCGGAGAUCAUCCCCUCCGUGACGCGGCGGCCGAACGCGUACGUGGAGCGCAGCUUCCUGGUGGAGUCCCCGCCAGGCUCCGCCGGCGGCCGCCGCGGGCUGAUGCAGGUGGAGCUGCUCCGGCCCGUGGCCGCGUCCGGCGGCGGCGAGGACGAGGAGGAGGGGUUCGUGGUGCGCGUGCUGGACGAAUGCGGCGAGACGUGGGAGGAGGCGGACGACAUCGGCGACGUGGCGGUGCUCGUGGACGCGUCGGGCGCGGUGGCGGCGUCUACGCGGGAGUGCCCCGGGCUGCGACCCAGCACCGUGUACUUCGCCGUGGACCUCGCCGGCGAGACGCGCGUGUGCGCGUACAGCCUCGCCGCGGCGGCCAAGGGCAAGCACAAGAGGAUCGAGGUCAUCGAGUCGAUCCCCAUGGCGGAGGGGUACAAGCCGCCCUGCUUCUGGUUCGCGCCGGUCUACACGCCGUGACCGUGCCACCGCGGCGGCUCGAGUUUGAUGGUGACCAUUGCCUUUGGAUGGACGUAUUGCGAGUUGGAUCUAAGCCAGAAGAACUCAGAGAAUUGUCCGUCUUCUUCACAGUGGAAUUCUUGCAUGGUUGCAUAUGUCUUUGCAUGUCUAGUGUUCAUCAACCUUGAGUAUUUUUAUCUCUUGUGGAUCAUAAUGGAGUGGUAGAUUAUCAGGAAUCCAGGAUGUUCUCUGCUUUGUGUAAAGUAGAUCAGUAUAGGAGUAUUAGAUUAUACGGAGUCAUAUAUAUGAAGGUUCAUCCCAAAUGUCAGCAACUUUUGAGUCCCCGGCGAUUGUGUCGUUUAUCCCAAAUGUACCAACAAAUUCUCUUUUAUACGGUCGUAAGAAUCUCCUUUAUUAAUGCGA